ACUCCCCUCGGCUCCACAUCCUCCACCAAUGAAAAGGCACAAAAGCGUGGAGGGAGAGAGAGGGAGAGAAGGGAGCCCGCGCGAGAUACAAAGACUGAGCCAGAUCCCAACACAACACACAAACAGACACACAACACAAGUUGGGAGCGAGCGGAGAGGCGGUCACAUUUCCUUACUUACCUGCAAACGUGAUUGAUGUGGGUGUGGGUACCAGUGUCACCGCUGACGCCCUGUUCCUGGUUAUGCUGACUCCACUUUCUUGGAAUUCAUGAGAUUCGUUUCAGUCGUCGCUCUUGCAACAUUGUAUCCAGAGAGAGGAGAAGAACUUAGACUCUGACACCUGCCUGCUCUUUUCCCGGGGAGCAUCUUUACGCGCACCGGACGCGUUGCCAUCGCUUCUGUUCCAGUUUUUAGCAGGUGUUUUUACGCAAAGCUUUUUCUCCACUUUCCCACCUAUCUUCGAAAAGACUUUUGCUGUAGUCCAGUGACAUUCAAAGACGACUAUCCUCAAGUUUGUCUCAAGUCACCGACACCAACCAGAAGAAUGGAUAACAGCCCUGGUGGAGCAGGCGGGGGGGUCAUCCUGUACGCCGGUUCCUCCGGCAGCAACAGCCCCAGCCCCGGCAGCCCCUCCAGCGGGUACCAGACCCAGUCGCCCCUCUCACACUCCCAGCCCUCAUCCCCAGAAGAGUUUACCUUCACAGAGAUCGGGCCAGUCAAACAGAGGGCCGCCGAGUGCACAGCCCCAUCUUCCAAACUGGUGUUCCAGUUCCCAGAGGUCUACAGUGGCCCCUCGGUUGCAGCCACUCCGCAGCACACCUACGCACACCCCAUCGCAGGAAAGAGGCCAUGUGGCUUCACAGGAGCUUUCACCAAAACAGGUGGAAUGGUUCUGCUUUGCAAAGUCUGUGGGGACAUUGCAUCGGGUUUCCACUACGGAGUGCAUGCAUGCGAAGGCUGCAAGGGCUUUUUCCGCCGCAGCAUCCAGCAGAACAUCAAUUACAAGAUGUGUGUGAAGAAUGAGAACUGCCUGAUCAUGCGUAUGAACCGGAACCGGUGCCAGCACUGCCGUUUCAAGAAGUGCCUCUCCGUGGGCAUGUCCAGAGAUGCUGUACGUUUUGGCCGCAUCCCCAAGAGAGAGAAGCAGCGUCUUCUGGAUGAGAUGCAGAGCUACAUGAACAGCCUGAAUGAGUCGGCGGCCAUGGACAUGGACUCAUCUUCAGUGAGCCCAGAUGAGGGCAACUCAAAAGAGGCCAUUGGGGCCAUCUCCAGAGCCUACCAUGACAUCUUCACCAGCAGCAGCAGCCGCAGCCAAGGGAGAGUAGCCAAGAGGGCGAACGUCCCCGCCAACAACAACACAUCUUCGUUUUCUCAGGAUGCCAGUUUUCCCCAAGCCUCAUCUCACCCCAUCUCCACCCAGAGUUAUCAGUCUUGCCCUGUUGCCCCUGCCACCAUAUGCCCGGUUGCCCCGAAUGACAACCAACCUACGUUCCACAAUGUGGACAACAAUCGCUACACCUACUUUGUGUCAACAAAUCCGAACCACAACCAGUCUAAUGGUACAACACCUCAAAGCGGAACCGCUGCCCAUCACAACAGUUAUCGCAAUGCAGGAAAUGCCACAAAUCCGCCGUCCUGCCCUUGGAAAUUAGCUCAAGGAGCUAAAGUGCUGGCCUGUCCUCUCAAUGCAUGCCCUGUCUCAGGGGCAGAUCGGUCGAGUCAGGAGAUAUGGGAAUCCUUCUCUCAGUGUUUCACUCCUGCUGUCAAGGAGGUUGUGGAGUUUGCCAAGGGCAUCCCUGGAUUUCAAGAGCUUAGUCAACAGGACCAGGUCAUGCUGCUCAAGUCAGGCACCUUCCAGGUUCUGAUGGUGAGGUUCUGCACCUUGUUCAAUGCUGAGGAUCGCACAGUGACCUUCCUGAAUGGAAAAACGUACCCACUGUCUACCCUGAGGGCUUUGGGCAUGGGCACCCUGCUGGACGCCAUGUUUGAUUUCAGUGAGAAGUUGGGCUCCUUGGGCCUAGAGCCUGAUGAGAUGGCUCUCUUCAUGGCUGUGGUGCUGGUCUCUGCAGACCGUUCUGGCAUCUUGGACAUGUGGGCCGUAGAGCAGCUCCAGGAGGGUUUGAUUCGUGCCCUGCGCUCACUAAUCAACCGGCGUCGUCCGGAUGACUCCACCCUCUUCCCAAAACUCCUCCUGCGUCUGCCAGACCUGCGCACCCUCAACAACUUUCACUCCGAAAAACUCUUGGCCUUCCGCAUUGACCCUUGAGCAGACCACUUGCACACAGACACAAACGUACACCACAUAUUAAACACACAUGUUACCUUCCAAGGGCACGACUUCCUUCAACCAGAGACACAAGACUUUUAAAAAAAGGAUGAAUGAGGCCAAUGGCGAAUAUAUUUUUUACAUCCUAGAUCUUCAUGCAAUGUUUUUGGGACAAAUAAACAAACCCCUUCAAACUCUUGUAUAUACUUAAACCUCAACACCUCUUGAAAGACAUUCUUCCAGUAAGAAAAUGAAUAAUUGUGUAGAGUUACUGUUACCCUUUGGACAGAUCGCUUGUGCAUUUGCUCGUUAUAUCCAAAGUUCUUAAGAAUAAAAGCCAGUUCUCUUCUG